AUGAUGCAAGUCGUGUUGGAGGAUUCAAAUGAUGAGACAAUGAGAACUGCUAUAGAAUAUGAGGUUUUUCGAAAUCCUUUCCACAUUUGUACACGGGUCGGAUCAGACAACACGAUUAGUUCCAAUUACAGAGAAGUUUCAGAGAGAGAGAGAGAGAGACAGAGAGAGACAACGCAUAACCUAGACCGACGACGGUUUGAAGUAAUGGAUGAGGAAUGUAGCAAAAAACAGCUGAAGAUUUGUUUAGACGUUGAACAUGCAAAAUGCAGCAUUUGUUUAAACAUUUGGCAUGAUGUUGUCACUGUUGCCCCCUGCCUUCACAACUUCUGUAACGGAUGUUUCUCAGAGUGGCUAAGAAGGUCUCAAGAGAAGCAUUCAAGCGUGCUUUGUCCUCAAUGUAGAGCAGUGGUACAAUUUGUGGGGAGGAACCAUUUUCUGCAUAACAUUGAAGAGGAUAUUCUGCAAACUGAUUCUUCACUAAAGCGUUCUGAUGAAGAAAUUGCACUUUUAGAUUCCUAUGCAUCAGUAAAGUCGCCUCUUGUCAUUAGCACUGGGGAAAAAGUUGGACGUAUGGAAGGGGCACGUUUACCACCAGAUGAAGAAAGUGAUGUUGUAGAUCUACCAUGCCCUCAAUGUGGCACUGAACUUGCUGGAUUCCAGUGCAACCAGAACACUAUUCAUUUGCAGUGUCAAGCUUGUGGAGGAAUGAUGCCUUCUAGAAACAAUCUAAGUGUACCACAGCACUGUUUAGGAUGUGACCGGGCAUUUUGUGGUGCUUAUUGGCGUGCUCAGAGCGUUUUUGAAAGUGACUCUCAUCCAGUUUGCAGUCGUGAGGCUUUAAAACCUAUCUCAGAACAUACCAUCACUAGAAUUCCACAAUUGGCUCAUGAAAAUAACCAGCAUGAACAAGAUAUUACGGAAAGGUGUAUCAGUCAGACUGGGAGAACAUUGCAGGAUGUUAUCUCUGAUUGGAUUACAAAGUUGGAGAACAGAGAAAUUGAUCGAACAAGGAUGCCGUUGAAUCAUGCUGAGAUGAUAACUGCAGCGACGCAUAUUUGCAGUGAUUGUUAUGACAAAUUAGUUUCAUUCCUCUUGUACUGGUUCCGGAUUUCGGUGCCAAAAUAUCUUCUACCACCAGAUGCAACUCAGAGGGAAGAUUGCUGGUAUGGAUAUUCAUGUCGGACGCAGCACCACAGUGAAGAACAUGCUCGUAAAAGAAAUCAUGUUUGCCGUCCAACCAGGGGUAGAAAUAUGUAGGGUGUGCUGUUAUUUAAUUUAUGCAUUGUAUGAAUCUGAUAUACAAUUGUGCAAGUAUACAUUUAUUGCUGGAAAGGAUGGAUGUGAAGUUUCAUGUUAGGUUCUCUUUAGGGUGUUUUCUCCAGAGAGAGAGUUCUUCAGUUAAUUAGUAUGCAUUAUCCCUUUUACUUUUCCUUCA